UCUGCAACUGCAAGUAGCAGUGAACCCAACAUGGCUCCUCAGUUUAGGAACAAACAUAUAGUACAAAUUCUACUAGUGUUAUUUUCACUCUUCAGCUCUUCCCUUGCUGAAAUCAUUUUUGAAGAGCGUUUUGAAGAUGGGUGGCAGAGUAGGUGGGUGAAGUCAGAUUGGAAAAGGAGUGAAGGGAAAGCAGGCUCUUUUAAGCACACUGCAGGGAAGUGGUCCGGUGAUCCUGAUGAUAAAGGCAUUCAGACAUCUACUGAUGCUAGGCAUUUUGCCAUAUCUGCUAAGAUACCAGAAUUCAGCAACAAAAAUAGAACAUUGGUCCUCCAAUAUUCCAUAAGAUUUGAACAGGACAUAGAAUGUGGUGGGGGUUAUAUCAAGCUUCUAUCUGGAUUUGUUAACCAAAAGAAAUUUGGUGGUGACACACCUUACAGUUUGAUGUUUGGACCUGAUAUAUGUGGUUCACAGACGAAGAAACUUCAUGUUAUUCUUUCCUAUCAAGGCCAAAAUUACCCCAUCAAGAAGGAUCUGCAAUGUGAAACAGACAAGUUAACCCAUUUUUAUACAUUUAUUCUUCGUCCUGAUGCAACAUAUAGUGUACUGAUUGAUGGUCGAGAAAGAGAUUCUGGAAGCAUGUACACAGACUGGGAUAUCCUUCCUCCUCGCAAGAUUAAAGCUGUGAAUGCCAAAAAGCCUGAAGACUGGGAUGAUCGAGAAUAUAUAGAUGAUCCAAAUGAAGUCAAACCUGAGGGUUAUGAUUCUAUUCCACGAGAAAUACCAGAUCCAAAAGCAAAAAAGCCCUAUGAUUGGGAUGAAGAAGAGGAUGGAAUAUGGAAACCACCA